AUGGCUGAGGGGGACGAGGUGGGGCGUGGGGCCCUUCUGGCGAGUGGCGAUGCGGAGCAGGCGUAUCUGCUUGACCGGAUUGGCCAGCAGGCGGCAAUAGAGAAGCUGCAAGGGGUGAAAAUUGUGCUGCGAAGAGGAAUCCCUACGCCGUCCGAGGAGGAACUAGCGUCCAUUACUGAUCGCCGUGUGAAACGGACGGAGAUGAUGAGGUUGGAGCGGCACCUUGCAUCUGUGAACAGGCGCACGGAGGCUUGGGACGACCACGUUUCAUACGAACCUCAGACUCGCUGCGUGGACGAGGCCCAGCCCGUGCACGUGGAGACGACGAGUCUGGAGGGACGCGCUGUGAUCCUUGCACCACUUCUGGCGAUGUUUCGCAUGCUAAUAUGCAACAAUCGUGCCAAGAAACGACUGGAGCGACUUCGUACGAGGCAGUCACUGCUUUUUCCCGAAAUCAUGACCAGGCUCAGUGAGCGGCAAACAGUUGUAGAGGCGGUUGGCCUCGUGGAGGAGCACGCGUCUGUGAUGCCAGCGUUUGUUAACCGGGUUGCCCCGUUGCCAAAGUUGUUUUUGAUGGCAUCUGCAUUUGACGUGAAACCACUCCGUAGUCCAUUUGUGUUUCUCUCGAGGCAGUAUAAAACCGAGCGACUGCCGGAAUUUGCUCUCGACCUUAGCCAAGCAGUGGACAAGGAGUAUGCUACGUAUGUGAAACCUGACCACAACGAGACUGCCGCUGUAACUCUUUCGGAUUUUGUUCAACCACUUGUGACACUUGAAACGUUUGAUGUACAUAGGCGAGCACAUGACGCGGUUCAUAGGCGAAACCUAGUGUUGGGGUACGACACCUUCAGCAGUGCUGCUCGAGAACCACAAGCCUUUGCGCAUGUCGAGAAGCGAGAAGAGGCAGGUAAGGCCGGUGACACUGUCAGCGGUGUUGAGCUCUUUCACGAACUCUCGCAUCUUGGCAUCCCCUCGAAGCUAGUGGGUCCUCUGCCUGAGGACUCAAUUAGCGGAAGUGACAGCGAGGAUGCUUCUUCACCGUUUCAGGCGGAUGUUUCUUGGGUGCCAGUGUCCUCCAUUCCCAAAAAGAAGGAUGCUGAUGAGUCACUGCGACCCUGA